AUGGAAAAUAACAGCGACUGUUGUUAUUGGGAUGGUAUCAAGUGUGAUGCCAAGUCUGGGGAAGUGAUCGAGCUAGACCUCAGUUGCAGCUGCCUCCAUGGCAGGCAACCAUGUUUUAACAACGACAAAAGUUCAGUCUCACAUCCUCCUUCGCAAUGGAUAGACUAUUUAUACUUGUCAGGCUGCGGUAUCACCGAAUUUCCAGAGCUUCUAAGAACCCUUGAGCAUCUGAAGCGGCUAGACAUUUCCAACAACAAAUCACAGGUCAAGUGCCUAGCUGGUUGUGGACGCUACCAAAACUGA